CGUCUUCCUCCGCCGUAACAAACACUGACGUCAUGCUAACCUACGCAUCUUGCUUCUCUACACGGUGGAGUCGCAUCGUCUUUUUGAUCCUCUGUUCACCUCUUCUUCUACCUCUUCUCUGCCUUUCAAUUCCUCUCCUCUGCGCCGUCGAGAUUUUUAGCCGCCUCCUCAGUUGUAUCGUGAAAGCUCCACCUUCCUCCGCCGUGUCGGAAGUCCUUGCCGUUGACGAAGAUGAUUUACGGCUCCGGCGAUGUGAAGAAGGAUUUGGAGUGAAAGAAGAAGAUGAGAAAGAAGAAAGUGGUUUGCUUGAUAGAUACUUAGAUGAUCAGUUGAGUUUGGCUAGAACCAUUUACGAAGAUGACGGCGAUCGUGAUAGUGUUUCUAUUAGGGUUCCUCUUUUGUCGUAAAUCUUUUUUUUUUUUAAACUAGUAAAAUCUAAAAAUAUAAAUGUAGAUAAAUGAAUACACUUUCG